AUCUUUAGAACCCUUAGAUAUAUACCGAUCUAGUUUGAGAAUCACAACAAUACAAUGCAACUGAAGCUCGUAGCCUUAACCUUGUCGAUAUUUUGGCCAUGGUGGAGCUUUGAGGGUGCUGUAGGAGACCCUCAACUCUUUUUCCUCACAUUUGAAUGCAGCACAGUCUCGGCACGCGACUUGUCCAACUUGUAUCAAAAUCGAAACGCAAGUUUCGCUGCCCUGAGAUCGCAGGUUAGCAACCAAAGCAAGCACUUUGCCGCGGCUCAAUCAACCAGUGGAUCAGACCCUGUCUAUGCAACGUUCCAAUGCAGGAACUACCUUUCCAACACAGACUGCACCACCUGCUUUGACGCGGCUGCUGCCAAUAUCCGCAACUGCUCCACCGGAAAUACUGCUCAUCUUGUUUAUGACGGCUGUAUCCUCAGGUACUUGAACAGUGUGUUCUUGGACAACAGUAUCAUUUUUAGCAGCCACACAUUUUGUGGAAAUCAGACUGCCGAUGAAAGCACUGCUUUUGGAACAGUUGGACGACAAGUGCUGAUGGAUCUACAAAUAGCAAUACCCAAAAUUAGUGGCUACUUUGCAGCUACCAAGACACAAGUGGCUGGCGGUGCAAUGUAUGCCUUUGCACAAUGUGCUGAAACUCUCACACGCGACACUUGUUCGAAUUGUUUGUCAAAUCAGCUGAGCAACAUACAAGGUUGUCUUCCCAAUACAAAUGGUAGGGCAAUUGACCCUGCUGGAUGCUUUAUGAGAUACUCGGAGACACCCUACUUUGCUGAUAACCAAACCACUGAUAUCAGUCUCUUCUUAAAACAAGGACCAGGAGGUUCAAUGAGUAAGUGGGUCACUAUUGGUGGUGGUCUUGCAGGUGCACUCCUUGUUGUGAUCCUUCUUUCAUUAUUUCCUUGGUAUAGAAGAUCCCAAAGUCCAAAGAGAGUUCCUAGAGCUUACACAUUGGGAGCAACUGAGUUGAAAGCUGCAACAAAGUACAAGUAUAGUGACUUGAAAGCUGCAACAAAAAAUUUUAGUGAGAAAAAUAAGCUAGGAGAAGGAGGCUUUGGUGCUGUAUACAAGGGGACAAUGAAAAAUGGGAAAGUUGUUGCAGUAAAAAAGUUACUUUCGGGGAAAUCCAGCAAGAUCGAUGACGAAUUUGAUAGUGAAGUAACACUUAUAAGUAAUGUUCAUCACAAAAAUCUGGUUCGACUUCUUGGUUGUUGUAGUAAAGGCCAAGACAGAAUUCUUGUUUACGAAUACAUGGCAAACAACAGCCUUGACAAAUUCUUAUUUGGUAAAAAAAAAGGUUCACUCAACUGGAGACAACGGUAUGAUAUAAUUUUGGGCACAGCUAGGGGAUUGGCCUAUCUACAUGAGGAAUUUCAUGUUUCUGUCAUACAUAGAGAUAUCAAGAGUGGAAAUAUUCUUUUGGAUGAAGAACUUCAGCCUAAAAUUGCAGAUUUUGGAUUGGCAAAGCUGCUUCCAAGCGACCAAUCUCAUCUUAGCACAAGAUUUGCUGGAACAUUGGGAUACACAGCACCUGAGUAUGCACUCCAUGGUCAAUUAUCAAAAAAGGCUGAUACAUACAGCUAUGGAAUUGUAGUUCUAGAAAUCAUAAGUGGUCGAAAGAGUACUGAUGUGAAUGUUGUUAAUGAUGAUAAUGAGGAUGAUUACCUUCUUCGACAAGCAUGGAAAUUGUAUGAGAGUGGCAAGCACUUGGAGUUAGUGGAUAAAAGCUUAAACCUUAAUAACUAUGAUUCAGAAGAAGUGAAGAAAGUGAUAGGCAUUGCUUUGUUGUGCACUCAAGCAUCGUCUGCAAUGCGGCCAGCCAUGUCUGAAGUAGUAGUCCAACUCAAUAGCAAUGACUUACUUGAGCAUAUGAGACCUUCGAUGCCUAUCUUUUUUGAGUCAAAUUUAAGGGCCCCUUAAAGAUCUAUCAUAUCUGAUUCAACUAGUUCCUCAACCACUAUUGGUACUACCUCCAAUUUUGUUGUACCUGCUCAAUGAUUAAGUACAUGAUCUAAAAUAAUUUUUUCCCCUAAUUCAUUAGUAAAGAAGGGAGUAAUUAUUGGUUAAAAA